UAAUUGACGAUUGUUUUUAUACAAUCAACAUCUCUACAUAAAUAUAUAAUACACAAAUCAUUAGUUCAUUUUUCAUAAAACAAAACAAACAGAAAUAAUUCUUUGAAGUCUUUUCAUUAUGUCUCUGCUUUCAGAUCUCAUCAACCUUAAUCUCACUGAAUCCACUGAGAAGAUUAUCGCUGAGUACAUAUGGAUUGGCGGAUCAGGCAUGGAUCUCAGGAGCAAAGCCAGGACUCUUUCAGGUCCAGUUAAAGAUCCUUCAAAGCUUCUCAGAUGGAAUUAUGACGGUUCUAGCACGGGGCAAGCUCCUGGAGAAGACAGUGAAGUCAUCCUAUAUCCUCAAGCAAUUUUCAAGGAUCCAUUCAGGCGGGGCAACAAUAUUUUGGUAAUGUGUGAUGCUUAUACUCCAGCUGGUGAACCUAUUCCGACAAACAAGAGACACCAUGCUGCCAAGAUAUUCAGCAACCCUGAUGUUGUUGCUGAAGAAACAUGGUAUGGUAUUGAGCAAGAAUACACUCUGCUGCAAAAGGAGGUUAAUUGGCCUCUUGGAUGGCCUAUUGGAGGUUUUCCUGGACCUCAGGGACCUUACUAUUGUGGAACUGGAGCGGACAAGGCAUUUGGACGUGAUAUAGUCGACUCACAUUACAAGGCCUGUCUUUAUGCUGGGAUUAACAUCAGUGGCAUCAAUGGAGAAGUGAUGCCUGGACAGUGGGAAUUUCAAGUUGGGCCUGCAGUAGGAAUCUCAGCAGGAGAUGAGGUGUGGACUGCUCGUUACAUUCUCGAGAGGAUUGCUGAGAUUGCUGGAGUUGUUGUUUCAUUCGACCCAAAACCUAUCCCUGGCGAUUGGAAUGGUGCUGGUGCUCACACAAACUACAGCACCAAGUCUAUGAGGGCUGAGGGAGGGUAUGAAGUGAUCAAAAAGGCUAUCAAGAAGCUUGAACUGAGGCACAAAGAGCACAUUGCUGCAUAUGGUGAAGGCAAUGAGCGUCGUCUCACUGGAAAACAUGAAACAGCAAACAUCAACAGCUUCAAAUGGGGAGUUGCAAAUCGUGGCGCUUCUGUUCGUGUUGGCAGAGAUACAGAGAACGCGGGGAAGGGAUACUUCGAGGACAGGAGGCCAGCUUCGAACAUGGACCCGUAUGUUGUCACUUCCAUGAUUGCUGAGACUACCAUUAUCUGGAAACCUUGAUCUGUGCGUAAGUGUCUGAAGGAAUGUUGUUUCUUGAAUCAAAUAACUGAAUCUUGGAACACCCUUUUCCCUCCCUUGUCUUUAAUAAUUUAGUUAAUGUAGAUUAUUCUAUUAUCUUCUACUGUUUCCUUUGCAUUUCAUUAAGCAAGGUUGAUUUCACUUCCUAUGAUUUGGCAAUAACAAUGCUAUUUUUAUUAGUUUGGUUUAUUUCUUGCUGA